CCAUGAAAAAUGUUUUAACUGAGAAAAAAUACAUAAAAAUGUGAUCUUUGUUUAAUAUAAGAAUUAUUGAUUUUUUAUUUUUUAUUUUUUUAUUUUAUUUUUUUGCUUCAAAGUAUUGAUUUUUUAUUUUUAUGCUUUAUGAUAAACCAAAUACAGAUAGUUUUCUGAUUUGUUUAGUCUCCCAAUAAAAGGAAAUCCAAACCCGUAAUAUGUUCAUCCUAUAUAUGACCGUGUUCUUGGCUGAGUCAGAUAAGUUUUCUGAUUUGUUUAGUUUCCCUAUAAUAGGAAAUCCAAACCCGUAAUAUGCUCAUCCAUUCUAUGAUUGUGUUCUUGGCUGAGUCAGGUAAAACCUUUAUCUGGGUAUUUUGUUUUUUGUCUUUAAAGUUAUCACCAAGAGAUUGAUCUGAGAAUGAAAUUUCUCUCUCCAAGCUGGUGGCAUUGUUCUUUCUAAAGCGAAUGCUUUUCCUCCUCGUUUCUAUCCUUAUCGUCUGAAAAGGCGGGCUUUAAUGGGCAUUCUGUGGCUGAUACCAAGUAUUGGAUAUGUGGAGUAAAUGCAAAUUGAGUUUCUUCUUUUUGAUUCCACAGAAGACUAUGACUGACUCACUGACUUGACUGCCGUGUGUCUUUUCUUUCACACCGUUCAUAUUUAAGUGGGAAACGCACUUUGGGUUGUUGGUGAUUUCUCAUACCAACUUUCUUUUUUUGAUUUCUUUAUUCUGUUUUUUUGGGUUUGAUUUGAUUUGAUUCUCUGGAAUUUAUUACAUAAAAAGGGGUUUCAAUCUUUAAAGUGAUUCUGCAAGAUGGGUAGUUCUGGUAGGAAGAAUGUUUUGCUCACCGCUAAUGGAGACGAUAUUUCUCAGAAUUUGGCUUUGCAUUUGGCACAAGGGGGCUGCAGGCUUGUUUUGAUGGGAAAUGAGAGCACUCUCCAGAAUGUUGUCAACAAAAUUAAAAGUUCUGUCGAGGGUGCGGACAAGGUGGAGGUUGUUGGUCUAGAUAUGGAAGAAGAAAAAGAGGGGGUUUUCGAGGAGGCAGUGGAAAAGGCGUGCAAAAUUUUGGGGAAUUUGGAUGCUUUUGUAAAUUGCUAUGCUUAUGAAGGAAAGAUGCAGGACCAGCUACAAUUAGCUGAGGAUGAGUUUAAAAAGAUAGUGAAAAUAAACUUCAUGUCUCCAUGGUAUUUGUUAAAGUACGUUGGCAGAAAAAUGGGCGAUCAUAAAUCAGGAGGCUCCAUUGUAUUAUUGACAUCGAUAAUAGGCUCUGAAAGAGGGCUUUAUCCCGGUGCUGCUGCAUAUGCUUCAUGUUUGGCAGGAAUACAGCAACUAGUUAGGGUAUCAGCUUUGGAGAUUGGGAAAUACAAGAUCAGAGUGAAUGCAAUAGCAAGAGGUUUGCAACUUGAAGAUGAAUAUCCAAAAUCAGUGGGGAAGGAGAGGGCAAAGAAGAUGGAGAAGGAAGUGGUACCAAUUCAGAGAUGGCUAGAUGUGAAAAAUGAUUUGAAUUCAAGUGUUGUGUAUUUGAUCAGUGAUGGUUCGAGGUAUAUGACUGGCACUACAAUCUUUGUUGAUGGAGCUUUGUCUCUUGUGAGGCCAAGAAUGAGGUCUUAUAUGUAAUUCUCACUCUCUCAUUUGACUAGCACAGCCUUUUUGGUUGUCUCAUUGAGAUUUAUUUUAUUUUAUUUUUAUUUUU